AUGGUCUACUGGCAUGGAGCCUACCAGAUCAUCCCCUCACCACUACCCCUUAUAACUGUACCACGGGACUACAAACGACCCAUACAGAAGACAUACCAGUACAUCCCCUUGCCACUACCCCAUAUAACUGUACCACGGGACUACAAACUACCCAUACAGAAGACAUACCAGUACAUCCCCUCACCACUACCCCCUAUAACUGUACCACGGGACUACAAACGACCCAUACAGAAGACAUACCAGUACAUCCCCUCGCCACUACCCCAUAUAACUGUACCACGGGACUACAAACUACCCAUACAGAAGACAUACCAGUACAUCCCCUCACCACUACCCCCUAUAACUGUACCACGGGACUACAAACGACCCAUACAGAAGACAUACCAGUACACCCACUCGCCACUACCCCAUAUAACUAAGACAUACCAGUACAUCCACUCGCCACUACCCCCUAUAACUGUACCACGGGACUACAAACGACCCAUACAGAAGACAUACCAGAUCAUCCCCUCACCACUACCCCCUAUAACUGUACCACGGGACUACAAACGACCCAUACAGAAGACAUACCAGUACAUCCACUCGCCACUACCCCCUAUAACUGUACCACGGGACUACAAACUACCCAUACAGAAGACAUACCAGUACAUCCACUCGCCACUACCCCCUAUAACUGUACCACGGGACUACAAACUACCCAUACAGAAGACAUACCAGUACAUCCACUCACCACUACCCCCUAUAACUGUACCACGGGACUACAAACGACCCAUACAGAAGACAUACCAGUACAUCCACUCGCCACUACCCCCUAUAACUGUACCACGGGACUACAAACUACCCAUACAGAAGACAUACCAGUACAUCCACUCGCCACUACCCCCUAUAACUGUACCACGGGACUACAAACUACCCAUACAGAAGACAUACCAGUACAUCCACUCGCCACUACCCCCUAUAACUGUACCACGGGACUACAAACAACGCAUACAGAAGACAUACCAGUACAUCCACUCACCACUACCCCCUAUAACUGUACCACGGGACUACAAACGACCCAUACAGAAGACAUACCAGAUCAUCCCCUCACCACUAUCCCCUAUAACUGUACCACGGGACUACAAACUACCCAUACAGAAGACAUACCAGUACAUCCACUCACCACUACCCCCUAUAACUGUACCACGGGACUACAAACGAGUGCGUUGCCACAGCACUCAAGGGAGUGAUUGA